CCAAGGGGAAGAUCUCUUCCCCUUCCCUACCCUCUCCCUUCCCCUCGCAUCCUGGCCUAUGGAUGCCAGCACUUCUCUCGUCGUCCCUGUUGUUCCUCCUCCUUGCUCUCCUGCAUCAGUAAGAACCAACACUUCUUCCCAUACCCAUACGGGGGCGACAACAAGUGUCCACGCUGGCCACGUGGCAAUGUCGGCCAGCCUCCGGGCUGGCUACGUGGCAAUGUCGGCUGCGGACGUGUCAUCCUUCUUCGGUGUGCAUGUGCGGGCGACUCCUCGUCUGCGACAAUGCCGGCGGGUAUUCAGAAUCGAUAUCCCAUCUUGUCGAUUUCCAAACGAUUACAAAGGGACACAACAUGAGUCGUCGAGGAACUUGCUGCGCUCGAUGGGCAGCUAUCAUCAUCGUGACACAUCAGCAGCAAAAAGUGUGGCCAACCACCGGGGUUGCUGGCUAUGUCUGUUUGAAGGAGACAUAGACAGGUGGAGAAGCGGAAGUAAGAGGAGUAGGAGUGCGAGCCUGCAAUGCAAAGGGGCACGAGGAGAUGACAAGUCAUCGUCGAGACAUGGCAGCUUUCACCAUCACCAUGGCUUCGUGGAGGAAGGGGAGGAGGAGACGAAGGAGAAGGGGAAGCUGGACGAAGUGGGAGAGGGGCGGCAGAGGGACCCUUCUCCUUCGUUUCGUGAGAAAAGACCGCAGCAACAAGCACUGCAAAGGCGCUCACCUUCCAGAAAUGACACCCGGCAGGAAACGACUAGGCCGGCGACAAUGACGAAGCCUCGACGGUCCUUGCCGCCUCUUUAUCCUACUCCUCCAUCGCCUUAUCGCACGCAGCACAUGUUACAAAUGGUAGAUGAAGCGCUUUCUCUGCGUCAAACUUCUUCUUCUUCUUCUUCUUCUUCUUUUUCUUCUUCCUCUCGUGAGGCAGCUGGUUAUAAGAACCGGCGCUAUGGAGAGAAGAAAGCCGGCACAAUACCAGAGAAGCGGGGGAAUGUGAGCAGACCAAGAAGCAACGAUGAUGAAUGGAAUGCAACUGAGCAGGGUGAUGAAAACGACGUGAAAAGAGCAGCAGGAGGAGGAGGAGGAGGAGGAGGAGGGGGAGGUAGAGGAGGAAUAGGUGGCAGCGGGCGGGAGGAAAGAAAGAGGGCCAGGGGUAUAUUAAAGGGAGGGUGGGGCAGUCCGGUCAUGAGGCAUGGGGAGGCAUACAUCUCCAUAUUGAAGCAAGCCGUUGGCCAACUCCGGGUUGACCAGGUGGAGGAGGUGGACGCCAUUUUGGCGCGCUUUGAGAAACUCACGUACUCACCCCUCGAUUGUGCCACCGCUUCUGCUGUGGUUAUUGAUCUCUGCCGUUGCGGAAGAUGGCAUCAAGCCAUGAGGGUCUGUUUGUGGGUCCACAGGCGGGAACAACAGGUCAUUGAGGCUGAUGUUGACGCUACCAGCAGGUUCCCUGAAGUAGAGGAAGCACAAGGAAGAGGAGGAGGAGAUUAUAGACGAGGUAAGGACGGAGGAGGGGUGACAGGAGCAGCAGCACGGGGAAAAAAGGAUGGGAGUGUCGGGGAGAUACUGCCCGGGAAUCGACACCUGGACGUGGUCGCUUACAAUUCCUUAAUUGCCGCCUUCUCGCGAAACGGACCCUUUGAGCAGUCGCUGAGAGUGUAUAGGAUGAUGCGGAAGGCGGGGCUGGAACCGAACCUCUACACCUUCACGUCGGUCAUGCAAGCUCUGUCAAGGGCUGGCCGCUGGAAAGACGCCAUGUCCGUGUUUCGAGACCUGGUCCGCCACGGGAACCAACCAGAUGUCGUGGUCUACAACACGUUGAUUACGGGUUUAGCAGGCGCGGGAAAAUGGUAUCAGGUGGAGAAGGUGUGGAGGGAAAUGCAAGAGGGCCAGGUUAGGAAGAGCCUGGGUACCUACUCGCUCUUCAUGAGCAGUUUCGUCAAGGCGCGCCGAUGCGAUCUCGCGCUCGACGUGUACUGGGAGGCCGUGAAGGAGGGGGUGAAUAUAACCUCCCCUAUGAUCAGGGGGCUAGUUUGCGUCUGCGCUUAUGCUGGCAGGUGGGCACUUGCCCUCGACUUCUACCACAUGCUACGGCAACAGGCAGCCGAGGAAAGCUCUACAUCGUCAGACGUUCCCCGAGCCCAAUCUGGGUCGGUGCGGUCCAAGACUGUACUUUCCGCUGAACGUUCUGCCGAACCUUCAUCCAAGCCUGCUAAUUGGUCGUCUGAUUGGUCAUCUGAGCCUCCAUUCGCGCUUGCUGGGUGUACGUCUGAACCUCGGCUUAAACCCAUGGAAGAUUCGUUGGAUCCUUGGUCGCGACCCACGGAAGAGUCGUCUGACGAUGAAGAGGAUUUUGACAUCGACGGUAGUCAUGCGGUGGAGCGUGGAAAAGGCGAGCAAUAUCAACAGGUGGAAGAGGAGGAGGGAGAAGAGGAGGAGGACGAAGAGGAGGAGGAGGAAGAAGAAGAGGAGGAAGAGGAAGAGGAGGAGGAGGAGGAGGAGGAAGAGGAGGUGGUUAAAUAUAGGGACUCUGUCAGUCAGAAGCAGAGAGAGGAUGAUGACGAUGGCAAUGUGUACAGCGAUGGGCCAUCUGAAAAGGGGAGGGUUUUGUCCUCGGACGAAGGAAUGGAGGAGGAGAGGGGUGGAGGGGAGGACGGGAGAUUCCCAGAGAGAAGUAUAGGUAGACAGCUGGAAUCGAUUGACACGGAUAGAAGAGGCGUGUCAGUUUCAGGAAAUCAAUCAUCUUCCGUCGUCGAAAACACUCUGAUUGAUUGCCUGGGGCGUGCUGGAAGGUGGGACCUCGCUAACGGGGUGUUCAAGCAGAUGGCCUACGCAGGGUGUGAACCAGAUGCGUACACCUGGAGUGCAAUGAUCAAUGCUGCAGUUAACAGCAAGAAGGAGAGGAGGUUUGAGCGCGCCAUGCGGGUGCACAAGAGAAUGACUCGCAGAGGGAUCCGGCCAAAUGUUGAAGUGUAUAACAUCGCCAUCUCGGCUUGCAGGCACGCGGAAGAAGAGGGUUGGCUGUGGGCCGUCGGAUUGAUCAAUGAAAUGAAAGAAGUUGGCAUCAAGCCCGACGUUGUCACUUACAGCGCGGCUAUUCGCGUUUGUGAGAAGGAUGGUGAGGGCCGAAUGGUGGCUUUAUUGUGGGACGAGAUGGGGAGAGCAGGCUGUACUCCUAACCACUUCACGUACGCUGCCGGCAUCCGAGGAUUCGGGAAGAUCGGGCAGAGAAAGCGAGCUUUGGCGCUUUUUCAGGAUAUGAUAAUUCGCGGGAUCAAACCCGACGUGAAUGUCUACAACGCUGUCAUUCUUGCAAACGGGGCGAAUGGCAAGCCAUGGCUGGCAAGAGAUGUUUACCGGCAAAUGCGUCGAAGAGGGUGCCUUCCUAACGAAACCACAGAGCGUCUCAUUCAAGAGUUUGGCACCGUUGAGCCCGUGCAGCAGAAGCUCACUAAGGCACAACGCCGGAAGCGCCGGAAGAAGAUGGCAGAGGAAAGGAAGAAUGCCAUGGAACGUGGUCAGCAGUUUGUUUAUUAUUCUAAGGGUGCCGGCCUUAAGGGUAACAAGGGACCCUCUAGGGGCCAUGGUGAGGAGAAGGGGGACAAGGAGGGCGGCUCGGCAGCGUCAACUGAUGUACACAGUCAGUUUUCAAGUGUGUAGGUAAACAAUGGAAGCCAGAGAGGCCCAGAAGGAUCAACACCAAUCAAAACAACAAGAACGAAAGGCAAAACAAAGCGUAAUGUGAGAA